AUGAAUUAAGAACCUUUAGAAAACAUCAUUGAUAGAUUGUAAUUACUAAAAUAGAUAACUUAAUAGUUAAAGAGAUAGACAGACAAUUAUAGACAGAAUGAAUCAAAGAAAUUAAUUAUUUGAAAAAGCUAAUUAAAAUUAUAAAUCAAAUCUAUAAAGAGAAUUAGAAACAAUUAAAUAAACAAAGUAAAUUUAUUCAAAAAUAUAUUUUUAGUAAAUAGGCAGAACAAAGAGAUUAAGAGUUUAGACAAUACAUUAUAUAAUUGUUCAAAUCCUACGAUGAAGGAAACUAACAAAUGAAAUUAACUAUUCAAUAAACUAUACAAGAAAAAAUUAAUUAUAACGAUUAUUUAAUUAGAAAUUAUCCACUUGAUAAUUUGAAAGAAAAAAAGGAAUUAUAAGAGGAAAACAUAUUGCUCAGAAAUCAAAUGGAGGUUUAUAUUUAUUAUGUAGUUUAAGUCAUUCAUAUAAUAAGCAAAUACUCUGGCAGCUUAAUCCAUUCCUUUAAUUGAAGUUUAACAUAAAGAAUAGGAUGAUAAUUUAAUAUUAGAUAAGUACUUAGGAUAAUAUUAAGAAACUAAUAUUUAAUAGAUAUAAUAAAAUCAAAUUUAUAGUCCUUAAACUAAUUAAUAAAUCAUCACAAAAUCAACAGUAUAAGGAUAAAAUCAAAUUAAUUAAGUUAAAAUAUAAAACUAAACUACAAAAAAAAUAGAAAAAGAUUUUCUCUAAGAAUUUAUGGUACCUUUUGGAGGAAAGUAAGGAUGA